CAGAGGAAAUCGAAAAUCUCAGCUUCUCGCAAGCUCAUGCUGAAGAGCUUGAUGGUGGCCAAGGCCAAAGAGGAUCUCGAGCAGGAGCUGGCGGAGAAGGAGGAGCAGAAGGAGAAGUACCUGGAGGAAAAAACACCCGCGUUAAAUAUCAACUCAAUGAGCUUGGAGGAGCUGCAGAACCUUUGUGAAGAACUCCACUCCAAAAUCAACGUGGUGGAUGAGGAACGCUACGACAUCGAGGCCAAAGUCACACACAACACCCGAGAGAUCAAAGACCUGAACAUCAAGGUUCUGGACCUACGAGGGAAGUUCAAGCGACCCAACCUUCGGCGGGUGAGAGUCUCGGCCGACGCCAUCCUGCGCUCGUUGCUGGGCUCCAAGCACAAAGUGUCCCUGGACCUGCGAGCCAACCUCAAGUCGGUCAAGAAGGAAGACACGGAGAAGGAGAAGACGGCGGAGGUGAGCGACUGGAGGAAGAACGUGGAGGCCAUGUCGGGCAUGGAGGGCCGCAAGAAGAUGUUUGACGCCGCAAAGGGCCCCGCGCAGUAGAAGACACGGCUCACGGAAUAAACCAUCUCGCUUCAUUUCAGUUCAGCAGAAGGCGACACACAAGUGCACUUGCUGAGCAUUUUUUUGUUGUCUCCCACUUCAUUUAGUGUGUUCUCUUUUCUGUGUCCCUGCAAUAAACAUA